CAUCAAUAGGCGACGUGGCGGCUUGAUCGGACAACAAACGUGAAACGUUGGUGUUGGUGCAAAUAGUAGGAAGUCACCUCUUUUGGACAGCUUUUUUGCUACAGCAUCGUGCUUCGGUCCAGUUCAGCCGCUAAUGAAUCCAUUAAUUAGACGGAGGCUUCCUCCGUCUGUAAGAAGUCUUCUGACAGACAUUGGUCCAAAGGAUGAGUGGACUGACCCAGAGCCCGACACCGUGACCAGAGAUGGGAUUCUGCUCCCCGCCAGAGGAGCUGCUUCUGGACAAGAGGAGUUUCUCACACCAGCCGAGACACAAGCGGGAGAGGCUACAGUGGAUGGUAGUAACGCCAGAAGGAGUGCAGUCUGCAUGUUGUGUAAAUGUAAGCCCUCUUGUUACACCUGCCCUCGGUGUAACCUGCAUUACUGUGGCUUGGCUUGCUACCAAAGCCCAGAUCACUCUGUGUGCUCCGAGGAGUUUUAUAAGGAGUCUGUGCUACAGGAGCUGAAGGACAUGGGGAAAACAGAAAGUGAGGGGAGAAAGAAAAUGCAGGAGGUUCUUGUGGGACUCAGACAAAAGGCGGAAAGGACAGAUGGGGGCAUCGAAGGUUUGUUAAAGGAAGCGGGUAUUAUGUCAGAUGACACAGAUGAAGGGGAAGGAGAGGCAACAGAAAAAGUGCAGGUUGUGGAGCUCCUGUCCAGGUUAGCAGAGCUUCAGCAGUCUGGAGAUGGGAGUGAAACAGACAUUGAGGCUAUUUUGAGAAAGCUUGAAGAGUUUGGAGGAGGUGAGCCGCUGCCUGGAGAGCUGGAUGAGGAUGCUGAGCAUGCAGAAGGGGAGCUGGACUUGGCUGAUCGGCUCUCAGGGCUGGAUAUCAACAAACUUUCUGAAGAGGAGCUGUGGGGACUUCUCAGCAGUAAAGAGAAAGAGAGGUUUGUGGGUCUGAUGAAGGGUGGAGCUCUUGGCGGGCUGGUUCCCCUGUGGAAGCCAUGGUGGGAGGAGCAUGAGGAUGGAGGGAGAGCACUGGUGGAGGUGCUUGAGGAAGAAGUGAACAAACUGGAGAGACAAAAUUCGACAACUGUGGGUGAACUGGACGUUGAUAAUAACGUCAAGACAUCUCAGCAGAAUCAGGGCGAAUCAGCCACGAAGUUGAAAAAGAUUAAAGGAGGAAAAAGAAAAGAAACAGGAAAGGGCAAGGGAAGUUCAACAGUUCCUAGUGUCCCUCCAAUUUCUGCAAAAAUUCCAAAGUUAAGUUCAUUGUGUGCAAACCCAUCUCCCCUGGUAUGUUAUGGUUUGGUCAAUGCGCUUUUUGGAUACACUUUCACCCUGUGCCUGCUUAACAAUGACACUGAUUCACUGAUGUUUGAGUUCUGUGACAUGAUUCUUGCUCUGUCUGAGGCACUGAACUCAAACAGGGUGUUCCACUCUGUCCAAGAGGCCUUGGACUGCGGAGAAGCUCUCAUUUUGGGUGAAGGUUACCUCGACAAGGAGGAUCCUCUUGCCCCGGCCAGGGCAGUGGAGGCCGUGGCUCACAUCAUGACUGGCAGAGACCGAAAAGAUACUGCGGGAUACUGCUUGGCAUCCUUGAGCCAGCUUCGCUCCGUGCUCUCCCAGGCCAGAACAGCCCUCUCAAAAGAGGGGGAGGAAGGGGCAAGGAGACAGAAGUUCUUCCUGGCAAGCAAGAAGUGUGAAUUCUUUCAAGCUUGGGUGUUGGACAAUGCACACCAAAUUCGUACAGUAGCUAUAGAGCUGUGGAACGAACAUAGUAAAAGAGAGAGUGUAAGGAGCAGCAUGGAAAAAGCAAAGACUGUAGUUGAGGAGAACUUGAAGACAAGGAAGAGCAAGGGGAAUAGCAAGUUAAUUGAAGAACUGAACUAAUGAUUUCUUUCUUGAACAUGCUGAUGUUUGUAAAAGUUCAUGAUGUA